UAGAUCAGUUUCGUUGUUUAUCUUGUCAGACUGAUCUGAUUGUUUGGGUUGAUUUCGGCGGUUUGUAAAGAUAUUAAAUAUUAUUCUUUUGAGGAAAAGCUGUUUAAUUCAACAUAGAAAUCUGCUAAUAUGUUCGAAAACCAAGCAAUCCACACUGAGCAUAAAGAUGUUAUACACGAUGUAGCGUACGAUUACUACGGACAAAGAAUGGCUACCUGCUCUAGUGAUCAGCACGUGAAGGUUUGGGAUCAGAACGAAAGUGGUGCUUGGACUGUAACGGCUAGUUGGAAAGCACAUCCUGGCUCCGUUUGGCGUCUCUCAUGGGCCCAUCCUGAAUUCGGCCAGGUUCUUGCAACCUGCUCAUUCGAUAGAACGGUUUCUGUCUGGGAGGAGACUGUUGGUGAGAAAACAUCCCCGGCCAUGUCACCUGUGAAACGUUGGGUACGUCGUACGAAUUUAGUUGAUUCGAGAACCAGCGUUACGGAUGUGAAGUUUGCACCGAAAUCACAAGGUCUGGUUUUAGCAACAUCUUCGGCCGAUGGCAUAAUUCGUAUAUACGAAGCACCAGAUAUAAUGAAUCUGUCCCAAUGGACACUAUCCCACGAGAUAGCGGUGAAGAUUCCGCUGAGUUGUCUAUCAUGGAAUCAGUCAAUGUUUAGACUCCAUGCUCCAAUGAUAGCAGCCGGAAGUGACGAUUCAUCCCAAAGCACUGGUGGUAAAGUAUUCAUUUUUGAGUACAGUGAAAACUCACGUCGAUGGACUAAAACGGAAACGAUUAAUUCGAUAACGGAUCCUGUUCACGAUAUUGCUUUCGCACCAAACGUAGGGAGGAGUUACCAUAUUUUGGCUGUAGCCAGCAAAGACGUACAAAUUUUCAAUUUGAAACCAAUGUUGGAGCCUACAUCAAACACACGGCUUGACGUACAACCUGUUGCGCAAUUUGGAGACCAUUACUGUACGGUUUGGAGAGUUACAUGGAACAUUACUGGUACAAUGUUGGCCUCGACGGGAGAUGAUGGAUGCGUUCGAAUGUGGAAAAUGAACUAUUUGAAAAACUGGCGUUGUGCUGCGGUCCUUAAAGCGGAAAAUACACUCUCAGCUCAGGAAAACUCUAUCGCACCGUCGUUGAACCUCUGUAGCAGCAUCGUGAAUGCUACCGCUAAAUACUACAAACGCGGUACUAUCAGCCAUCCCAGUCAAGUACCACGCCACUGAGAUGUUAUAUGUUCAUUAUUAACAAAAAUAAAAUCAAUCUAAUAGCGAUUUUGAUUACUACACUGGAGUUACACCGGCAUGGAAAUAAAUUGGUCUUGAGAUCAAGCCAGAGUAGCCACGUGAUAAACAAAACUGCUAUUGAAUAUCGUUUCUUCCUUAAA